AUGGAGGACUACGACACGAUGAUGAUGGACAGCGAGGCUAUUGGCCCGUCCGUCAAGAUUUCGCAGAAGCUGACGAGCCGCCGCCAGGCCAACGACGAGCGCGUCGUCUUCCAGCUCAGCAACUGCGACCUCGCAUUUGCCAACUCUCUGCGCCGUGUCAUGCUCGCCGAGAUUCCUACCAUCGCCAUCGACCUGGUCGAGGUUGAGGAGAACACCAGCGUUCUCGCCGACGAGUUCAUCGCCCACCGCCUGGGCCUCAUCCCUCUUAACGCCAAGGGCGCCGACGAUGUCAAGUACUCGCGCGACUGCGAGUGCGAGCAGUACUGCGAGCUCUGCAGCGUCAAGCUCAUCCUCCAUGCCAAGUGCACCUCGGACGAGGGUAUGAACGUUUACGCUCGUGACAUGGUUGUCGACGGCGCUCGCCCCAACCACUUUGUGGGCAACCCGGUCAUUACCGACCCUGAGGGACAGGGUGUCCUCAUCGUCAAGCUCCGCAAGGGACAGGAGAUCAACAUGACCUGCAUCGCCAAGAAGGGCAUCGCCAAGGAGCACGUCAAGUGGUGCCCGGCUUCGGCCAUCGGCUUCGAAUACGACCCGCACAACAAGCUCCGCCACCUCGAUCUGUGGUAUGAGGAGGAUCCGCAAAAGGAGUGGCCUCUCUCUGAGAACGCAGCUCUCGAGGACCCUCCUGCGGAGGGCGAGCCCUUCGACUACGAUGCCGUCCCGAACAAGUUCUACUUUGACGUCGAGACCACCGGCCAGAUGGAGCCCGACCAGAUCGUCCAUGGCGGCAUCAAGAUCAUGAUGGAGAAGCUGGCCAGCAUUGUCCACGAGCUCAGGCCCGACGCGGGCGGCGAAGCGAAGGGGGAGUAUGAUGCCCCUCGCUCUCCCGAGUACGGUGACUCAGGCGCUGGCGGCGAUCCCUGGGGCCAGGACCAGGGCUUCACUACUCCCUACGGCGGCGGCAACCAGAGCGCCUGGGGCGGCGGCGGUACCACCCCCUACGGCACCACUCCCUUCGGCCAGCCUGGCCAGGGCGGCUGGUCCUAA